CCUUAUAGGCCUAUUCUAGAUCUAGAUCUAUAGUUUUAAUAGCCUACUUGUAGAAUAAUGGAUAGAUAUUUAGAUUUAGAUCGAUGUAAAUUGUAAUCGACCAGGAGACUAGUAUAGAGAUCUAGAUCUAAAUGUUUAUACUAGAAUCUAGAUCUAUCUAGAUCUAGAUAUCAAGUUAUGUAUUAUAGAUCUAUCUCUACGUCUUUCUAGGAAUUUUUUUUUCUUUUUGUUUUAGUUUGACAUCAGUGUUCACAUUUUCAAUUUUGAAAAUAAUAUUAAUUAACUGAUAUAUAGAUGAUCUAGCCUACAAUCUGAAGUCUAAACUUCAAAAAUGUCUCAAAACCUGUUUCAAAUUUGCCAGUUGACAAUAAAUAAAGAUAAUAGGAGAAAUUCAAAUCUUGAAGAAGAAAUUACACAAUUAGGAUUCAAAAUACUCUGCUUUACACCUUUAAAAAUUGAAAUAAGUGAACUGACGGAAGAUAUUUUUAAAAAACUUACACAAACUCUCAAGAAAUACUCACAAUCUGAUAAUUACACUGAACAGUUGGAGUCAAUCAAUUCAAAUUUUAAAAAUCUUACCAUCAAAGAUGUUGUAGAUCAUGUUUGCAAUGAUGCGGUGGUUCAUUUAAAUAUUAGUGAUGCAUCAAAGGAGAAAGAUUCAGAAACUUGCAAGAAUGAAUUAGAAAUUACAAAAUUAGAUUCUUCAAAAGAUUCACUUAACAGAUCUAUUAUAACAGAAAAUAUAGAAGUUAAUGUUUAUAAACCGAAUGAUCACACACAAAAACAAGAAAAUGCUGAUAAUGAACUUGAAACAGCUUUUGACGAGAACGAAGAAGCCACUGCUGACUCCAGUCCUGUUAUAAAAGAUCUUGAAGAUAUGACAUUAGAUUCAUUAGCUGUCUCCAGUAUAUAUGUAAGAGAUAUAGACGUGAAGGGAGAAAAAUGUGUUUCCAGAUUUGCUGAAGAAGUAGAAUUAUCCAACCCAAUAGAGGAUGAAAACAGUGAAGAUGUUCAACUUGAAAAGGGAGGGAACUUUGAUGAUGAAAAAAAAAAAAAUCUAACACUUUUCAGUGAGCACAGUGAAACAUCAAGCUUGAAUGAAAGUAUUCAGUUAGAAUCAGUCACUAGCAGUGAAAGUUUUUGCACAAUAGAGCAGCCUGCUUCUGGAGAAGAUAAUGACGUAAAUAGUAAUGAAAAGACAAUAGAAAGUACACCUUUAAUAAAAACAUCAGAAGUAAUCAAAGAAGAAACUAUCAUUCGAAAAGAUGUUAAAAAAGUAAAUGAAAACUGUGCUGAAAAUAAAGAUCUUGAUAAUGCUGAAAAAUGUGUAAACUUUUUUACCCCUCAGAAGGUAGCUCUACCUAAUUCAAAGGAAGAAUCUCAGCUUCUUGAUAGGAAUCUAGAAAAUUUAAAUCCAUCAGGGUUAAUGAAAAUAACUUCAGCGUAUAAUACUGGUGAUAAAGAACAGAUCAGAAUCCCUAAAAACUAUUAUGAAGCUCUGAAAUAUUACUUCAAGGGUCAUGCCCUACAGAGAUGUAUUGACAAUGCAAAAGCAAUGGAUAACAAAUAUGUCAUACAAGUGGAUAAAGAUGUUAUGAUAACAGAAGAAACUCUGGAUACUUUAAGAAACUUCAAAUCAGUUUUAUUUGAUGAUGUAAGUGCAAAUGAUGCCCAUGAGUGGAAGAAAUUAUUAGAAGAAAGAUACCAAGAAAUAAAAGUCCUAUAUGACAAGAACACUGCAAAUUUUCAAAUUAUGGGAUCAAGGAAUAAUGUACUUCCAGCAAGAGCUUUAAUCUUGAAAUUGAGAGGAAAUAAAGAUACAGAUAUGAUAUAUACAAAUAAAGAUACAGAUAUGAUAUAUACUAAUAAAAAUAAAGAUACAGAUAUGAUGUAUACAAAUAAAAAUAAAGAUACAGAUAUGAUGUAUACAAAUAAAAAUAAAGAUACAGAUAUGAUGUAUACAAAUAAAAAUAAACAUACAGAUAUGAUGUAUACAAAUAAAAAUACAGAUACAGAUAUGAUGUAUACAAAUAAAAAUAAAGAUACAGAUAUGAUAUAUACUAAUAAAAAUAAAGAUACAGAUAUGAUGUAUACAAAUAAAAAUAAAGAUACAGAUAUGAUGUAUAAAAAUAAAAGUAAGGAAGAACAACAAACACUGUCUUUGAACUCAAAUAAGGAUAAAAGAAAGGAUUGUUCCAGUGACGUAGGACUUUUAAAAAUAGAUAAAGAUACUGAGUUGAGGAGUGCAAAAGUCUCAACCUCAAGUUUUGAAAGAGAGAAAGAAAAACACUUUGCAUCCUCACCGAAACAUCAGUAUCAAGAGUCUUUGACCAGUCAUGAGGCUUUAGAAUUUGAAAAGUAUGAGGGAGCAAGUAGAAGAGUCAUUAGAGGAGAUCAGAAAGGAAAUAUUUUUGUAGGAAAAAGUGAUUUGAAAGUACGCAUUUGUAAGACAGAUAUCACAAAACUUAAUGUUGACAUGAUAGUAAAUGCAGCCAACACUAAACUGAAACAUAAUGGAGGAGUAGCUUUUGCCAUAUCAAAAGAAGCUGGUCAUGAAUUAGUAAAAGACUGUGAGGAAUUCAUAAAGAAAAAUGGAUCCCUUAGAGUUACUGAUGUUUUUGUUUCAAAAGGUGGAAGAUUGAAAGCUAAAUAUGUUAUGCAUGCAGUUGGACCAAAUUGGGAUUACUAUGAAGAUAAAAGAAAUUGCUUGAAAGAUCUAAGGCAGACAGUACUCAGGUGUCUGAUUGAGGCCUCUCGACGAAGUAUGAGAACAAUAGCUUUGCCAUCUAUAAGUGCUGCCAUAUUUAAAGUUCCAGCUAAACAAUGUGCUGAGAAUUACAUGGCAGCAGUAAAAAGUUUUGAUUGCAUAAGACAGAAGUUAUCUCUUUCAUCAGUUGAAGAAGUUUGGUUUGUUGAUGUCAAUGAAGACUUAGUAUACAUUAUUCAAGAUGAAUUCAAAAAACAUUGGCAAAAUGGUGAUUAUGAAAAUCUUGUGGAUGAAGAUUUACAUUUUGUUCACCAACAUCUGGACUCACCAGAAGCUAAAAGUAAAUAUACUGCUCAGGACUUUGCAGGAAAAGAAAAGAAACAUUCUUCAUCAACUUUUAGUGCUUUUGGAAGUAAACCUAAAGAAAGUAAAGGUUUGGAUUCAACAAGAGGCACAACAAAAGAAAAACAAAAAACUUAUGAAUUUAAACACUUAAAGAUCAUGAUUUCAUCUGAGCCAGCUCUGAGAUAUUCAAAUGAGAUUGUUAUUGUUUUUGGUGACCCAUUUGACAAACUUAGUGGAUUACCAGAUUUCAAAUGUAAAAAAUGUCUUCAAGAGCAUAAAGGUUCUGAUGAGUUCAAGCCAAAAGAUUUUAAAUUAUUUGUAUCUAAUAUGAAUGGAAAAAAGUCAAAAAAAAUAUACUGUCUGAAAUUAGAUGCAGCAAACAAAGAAGGAUUUACUAAAGGUUUUGAAAAUUUAGCUUCUCUUAACAUAUCACUUUUAAGCAGUGCAACGGAUAUUUCAGUUGUUAUUACUUGUCAUAUAUUUUACUCUGCACAACGUAAUCCUGACUUCAAAAAUGUCAGUGCCUUUGCAGGAGUUUUCCACAAAUUCCUAACUGACUUGUCAAAAAAGGAGAAUUUGAAAUGUAUACGAAUGACUGUAAAUGAAGAUUCUUUACCUUCCAUCAGUAAAGUCUUUGAUUCAAGAAACGACUUGCAUAAGACUAUUACAGCACAAGGCACUGAUAUGGAGAAUGAGAAAAUAUUUUACUCCCAGGCUCUUCAAACUACACAUGGUCAAACAGGUGAUUCACAGCCUCAUGAACAUAGAACUAGUGUGAGAACUUACACUAUGGACAGUAGAUCAUCUAGACAGCCACUAUUGGACAAUUCUUUAACAGCUGUUGGUUCAAAGUUUGAAUCACCAGGUGGAACUCCAGCUAAUGUUGAAACAGACUGUCCUUUAUGUUAUGAUGGAAAACCAAGCUCUUCAUUACAUUGCUGUAACAUAAUGAUAUGUGAAAGUUGUUUCAACAAAGUUCAGUUUUGCCCUUAUUGUCGAACAGUUUUUAAAAUCUUAACAGGAAAUCAACCUGAUGGAGAAAUGCGUGUCAGUUAUUUCAAACAUAAACAUGCAGCAGGUUAUGAACAUUGUGGUGUGUGGGAAAUACAAUACUAUUUUUGGAGUGGAAUUCAGAAGGAAAAUCAUCCCAAUCCUGGAAAAUGGUAUUCUUCUAUAUCAAGAACUGCCUAUUUGCCAGACACUUCUGAAGGUUGUCAUGUUCUUCUACUGUUAAAACUUUCAUUUAUGAGGCGGCUCACAUUUACCAUUGGCCUGUCACUGACUAUGAAUUUAGAGGACAAAAUAACCUGGAAUGACAUCCACCAUAAAACAGCUCUUGAUGGGGGAAGCUAUGGUUAUCCAGAUCCUAACUAUUUGAAAAGAGUGCUCCAAGAACUAGAAGGAAAAGGAGUGACCUUUGAAAGUGUAACAACUAAAGAAAAAUAUGCAUUGGAUAAUUUUAUGAAUGAUAUGAAAAGUCUAAACAAGCAACAUUUAACUUAUCCUAGACACUAAUAAUGUAAAUGCUUUUAAAAAAGUAACUUUAAAUCACAUUAAAAUUUAGAAUGUCAAAAAUAAAGCUCUGUAGAUAAAGAUAGACACUUAGUUUGAAACCAUUUUUUAACAUAAAAUAUUGAUACCUGCCUUUUUACCUGCCUGGGUGGACCACUUCGGGGGUCAAUUUUGAGUUUGUGUUUCCACGCAAACUGUCUAUGUUACCUUGUUAUCAUAAAACUAAUUUUCAAAGUACUAAAAAGUGUUCUUUUUUUAUGUAAAAAUAAUAAUUAGAGCACAUUAUUAGCAAUGAAAGGGAGAUUAAAAUACAGUAAUUAAGCCUGACAGUAUAAAUAUAAUUUUAUAUAUAAUUGAGCCUUAAUAUUUAUUGAUGCAUGAAGUGUUCAAUUUAGUUUUAUCAUUUAUUUACACUAAAAUAUUGUUUCCAUUUUUUUUAGUUGGUUACUUGGUAAUUUGGCAUCCUUUGUAUUCAAUUUAUAUCAAUCUCUUUUUUGUUUGGUUGGAUGAUGUGAUAAGAUAAAAAUAGUACACAGCAAGCUAAAAUACGCUAUUUAAAAAAAAAAUAGCCUCUAUUUCUAAAUACUGUAGAAUUUAUUUCUUCUUUUCAAUAUUAAACAAAAUAAUUAAUUACCAUAAUACUUAAUGGACUAAUUGGCUCAAUUUUUAAUUGAUUUAUGUUAAAUAGUUGUGUAAAGUUUCAACUUGAUCCAAGAAAGGGUUUGGGCGAAAUGACAUUAAAUAAUUGUACCAGAUAGACAGAGAUUAUAUAAGCUUUGUAAAAAAUAUUAAUGAUUACAAUCAUUACAUCAUCUUCUUCCAAAGUUAAUUUUUUAAUGGUUUGCAUAAUGAAUACAUAAAGUUAGUAAUAGUUAAUGACCCAGAAUAACUGAUUUAUGUUUACAUGCAAGGAAAAAUCACAGUUUUGUUGCCAGUAAGAUGGUCAUGUGUACUGACCAAGUUGUUAUGUUAUUGACCAUUUUUUGUAUUGUAACAUGAUGUUUAAAAAAGUGACUACAUUUUUAAAUUAGUAACUGUUUCAUAUAAAAUGACAGCACUAGAAAAUGAGAGAACAUGGUGAAUAAGUAUGGUGAAAUCCUAACCAUAAAAUUAGAAUAUCAGCUUAUUUAUUGAUUUGUUUCUUUUGUUGAUGUUUCAACUUAAUAAUUACCUUAUGUUUGUAACACUGACAGUAGCAAUAUGAAAAGUUCUACAGUGUAAAAAAUGUAUUAUUAUUGUUUUAAUUUCAAUUUACUUUUCAUUCGUUUAAUUUUUUCAUUAAUAGACUUCAAGAAUCAACUAGAAAAAAUGCAUUGUAACAUGCUCAUUGUGAAUAAAUUCCAAAGAUGAAUUCUUUUAUUAACAUACCGGUAAUUGAGAAGGAAGUCACUUCUGACUAAAUAACAAUUUAGUGCUUGCAAUGUAAAAAAAAAAAAAAGGACAUGAAAUAUAAUAUAUAUGGUAUUCUGUCAGACCAAAUAAUUUAUGUAUUGGGUUAUAGAAAUCACAAAACAUACUUAUUGAAGCAAAUUUUUUUUUA